UCCCUCACUUUAACACAUGACGUGUUCAACAAAAACAUACCUAACUUCCUUUCCAUAACCUUAAUGCGUGGAACAUAAUUUUCCCACACAUUCAUCUCAUGGCUUCCAUGCUCUCUUUUCUAAACUCUCUUUCUCACAGAAACAAACCUAGUCACAACACUAUUAAAGAUGAUCACAUCAAUGACGACGACUUAGCCAUUGUGAAAGCAGCUGCAUGGGCAUGGUAUCAACACGGUUCUGGAUCAUGCCAUGAAGGAGAGGCUAUUUCUAGUGAGUUUUUUAUCAGAAGGGCUCGUCGCGAACCGAGACCCUCUCGUUACAAGUUAGAGUUAGAAGCGAAAAGAUCAAUGGAAAAGGAAAUAAAAGAAGGUUCACCGGUUCAUCACAAGAAGGAGGAAUCUCUACUUGAUGAAUAUGAAGUUCAAAGCAUUUCAAGGCAUUUGAAUAAGCUUAUAGUGUCUAAUAAUAAUCACAACCGCAAGAAACUUGUGAGUAGCACCGACCAUAUUGCUAUUACAACAAGUGUAGAUGAUGGUGUUAAAAAGAAUAAUAAGAAGAAGAGUAUAAGAAAAGGGUUUUUCUUUAAGCAUGGUGUUGUGUGUGGAAGAGAAGGAGAUGUGGUUGAUUCAAGUAGUGUUGUUUCAAAAGAUCGUCGUCAAUUAACAAAGAGUGUACCUUCUGUUCGUGGUUUUAAAUAAAUGUUUGCGAUCGUAACAAUUAUAUGUUGAGGUUCACUAUGUGCUAACAAAUUCUUAGGUUAGUUAGGAUCUUAGGCUUCUUUUCCUUAUUCUUUUCUAGGAUUGUUAUUGUAUUUUUUUUCUAUGUUCAUCAUUUUUAGCCUUAUAUAUUGAGAAUAAGUGCUAUUUGUUAUUUUGAUUUGGAUUAGGAUCUAUCAA